GAUGUGCUCUGUGGGAAGAAAAUGAAACUCAGCACAUGCUCAAAGGCAUUAUUUUGCUUUACUGAAAACCAAUGCCAGAGCUAAUCUUGGUGAACAGCGGCUCGUCAGCCUAAGUUCUACCUGUGGUUGAUGUGUGAUCUCCCAAACUCCAAGCCCAGCUUUCUUAGCCAGUAUUCCACUAGGGGUUUUAUUUCUUUCAUCCAAUUGUAAAAAGCGCCCUUCUAUUCUCCCACCACAUUUCCAUGACUAAGAACCAGAUAUUUUCCAGUGGGGCUGUGUUCGUUUAUUGCAGGAAGAGCCACAGCGUAUAUUUUCCAAAGCAGCAAUGGCGAAGAAUUUUCCCAGCAAAAGAGGCGCAAGCUGUCAUCAGGAUGUUGUCGCUGGCUCUUACGUGCACAUUAAAAGCUAAGCAGGCUGCCGUCGUCAAAAGCCCUCCCACUGCUGUGGAUAUUCAGGAUAUUCAUUCCCCCCCUCCCGCCUCUCUGACUGGCACCAUUCAGGGCUCCGCCCCUGCUCUGUCGAUCCUGGAGGAAUGCAAGCCUCAGAUCCGCCUAGCAGCUAAAAUGCAUCUGGGAUUCCUCUGAUUAAAAGAAUCGGCGGUAUUCUCUUUGAGAGCUCAGCCUCUCUUUGCUCUGUUUUGGAUGUUUCCGGGCUGGGAGAGCUAAUGCUGAGCGCCGACAGGAUGGAAGAGUUUCAGAGUGAAGAAGAGGAACCCUGGUAUGACCAACAGGACUUGGAACAAGACUUGCACUUAGCAGCUGAACUGGGGAAGACGCUGCUGGAACGCAACAAGGAGUUGGAGGAUUCUCUGCAACAGAUGUACGCAACCAAUGAGGAGCAAGUGCAAGAGAUAGAGUAUUUGACAAAACAGUUGGAAAUGUUACGGCAUAUGAAUGAACAACAUGCUAAAGUCUAUGAACAACUGGAUAUGACAGCACGGGACCUAGAACUGGCCAAUCAGAAGCUUGUGCUGGAGAGUAAGACAUCUCAGCAGAAGAUACAAUGCCUGACAGAAACCAUUGAGGGGCUGCAGAACCAGGUAGAUGAGCUACAAAAGCAGGUGGAAGAGAUGCAGAGCCUAGAUCAGCUACGUGUCCGUCGGGAGAAAAGAGAGCGGCGCCGAACCAUUCAUACAUUCCCUUGCCUCAAAGAGCUGUGCUCAAGUCCCAGAUACGAGGAUGCAUUCCAGAUUCACAGCUCUUCAAUGGAGUUCAGUCAGAUGCCCUUGGAGCGAGAGAAUGAGCGACUGCAAGCAAUGGUAAAUUCCCUCAGAUCCCAAGUCAACCAGGAGAAGCAACGGAAGGAGAGGGUGGAGAGAGAGUACACAUCUGUCAUCCAGGAGUACUCGGACCUUGAGCAGCGUGUGUGUGAGAUGGAGAGCUGCAAGCUGCGCAUUAAAGAGCUAGAAGCAGAGCUGUUGGAACUCCAGCAGAUGAAGCAAGUUAAGAAGUAUCUUCUCAGCAGAGAGGACAAUCUGUCAGAAGCACUUCUUGAACCAUUAAACAAUGCCCCAGAAGCUGACUACAUUGACCUCUCCGAGGAAGAUGGAGGUAAAAACCAUGGGUCCUCCAUGGCAGCCUCCCCAAAUCAUCCUGUCCGGAAAAGCUGCAGUGACACAGCUCUAAAUGCCAUUGUGACCAAGGAUGCUGUGAGCCGCCAUGAAGGCAACUACACUCUCCAUGCCAACAAUGUACGCAAGAGAGGAAUGUCAAUCCUGAGGGAGGUGGAUGAGCAGUAUCACGCCCUUCUAGAAAAGUACGAGGAGCUUCUCAGCAAGUGCCGGCAGCACAAGGACAGUGUGCGCCAUGCAGGUGUCCAGACCUCCCGUCCCAUCUCUCGUGAUAGCUCCUUUAGAGACUUCCGGGGAGAGGUUUAUGAGCUGGAUGAGCUCAAGACAAUGGAGAAGAGCCUUAGCAAACAUGUGGAGGCUGUGGACAAGCGGCUAGAGCAGAGUCAGCCUGAGUACAAGGCCCUGUUUAAGGAGAUCUUCUCACGAAUCCAGAAGACAAAAGCAGACAUCAAUGCCACCAAGGUGAAAAAGAAGACCAGCAAGUGAGUCCUACCACCUUUAUAUCACUCUAUCUACCACAAGCAAAUUGGCACCAAGUUCUUCUCUUUAGCCCUAGGAGACAUUGUAUGGCCUCCUGCCUCCAAGACCUGGAAGCUUCUCACGUUGUUGUCUUGCACAGAAAGGGAGCCUUUUGGAGUGUUUCAAGAGUGGGAGGAGCCCAAGUCACACUCCAGACAGUGCUCCAAGCUGCCUGGGUCCCUGAAUGUGCUGCAAAAGCUAUAUGUUGUAGUUGUAGUUGGUAUCCGAGAUUUUACAAGAACACAUCACUGGAGCAGCCAGAAAUUACAGAAGAUUUGACCAAUCAGCCACAAAUCCACCUUCUGCCACAACCACUGUUUGCUUUCCUACAGGCAGCAUAGGACCAAGCUUGUGUGCUAAACAUAAUAGUUCAACAACCAUUUCAAUUUCCAGAGGCAACUUUGAAACAUGCAGUCUUUCUCUUCUGCAGUUUGUUUUGCCCCCCACCCCCUUUCCGCGAAAGACUCACAUGCAUCAGUGAGACUUUUGACUGGACUCCUCUCUUUUGGAUGAAGGGGAGUAUGUUCUUCCUGUUUAAGCCAUUCUCUUAUUGGUCAGGUUUUUCAAUACUUACAAUGCAAGGUCUUUGCAACUGGAAAAACUUGAAGAGAAAUGUCAGACUGAUUGCUCUUAUGUCUCCAUCAAGCACAUUUAAUUUUUCUGCUCAUAUACAUAGGACAGAGUGAGCAUAGGAUUUACACUAACUCUAGUAUUUUAUUUCAUUAAGUAAGUUGUCAUCACUUCACUCAUUUAACCUGGGCUUUCCCAGAAGCCAAACAAGAAGUGCUAUUACUGGCUUGGAGAGACACCCACACCUUUAUUUGGGUGUUGGUUUUCCAUGCCGUACUGUUCAUGUGGUUAUCCUUAUAGUCUUUUGUGGCUGGCUCCUAAGACACGAUUUGCAUGGGCUUGCAGAUACAGAAGUGGUGACUCGUGUAGGUAGGAGUAAAUCAGCAAACACCAAGUUCAGUUGUCACCACUAAUACUGCUUUUCACACUAUUCCACACACUUACACUCCCAUUGUCAAAGGCUCUCCUGACUCCAUUUAUACAUACAACUCACAUACACACAAAAGGCCUCUCCAGUCUCAGGAAUCCUCAAUUUUCAUUUCACAGAAAUGCAAAAUUGGGCUUCUUAAAGUCACAUACUAAUAAGUGAUAGUUAGGGGUCAUGUGCAUAUACAAAGGCAGUAUUAUAUUUCACUAAGCUUAGGGUACUUGUACCAGAAUUCUCACCUGUGGGGGAACAAUAGUAGCAAUGCUUAUUAACUUACCUAGCAGUAUUAUACUUGAAGAGAUUUUGGACUGAUUUUCAUUGCAUCUGAACAAAACCCAAAGUCUGUUGUGUUUCUUUGGAAUUAUUCUAGUGUAAUUGAGAUUUCAGUCUGCCUUUUGAUUAUUGCCAGCAUAUUACCUUUAUAUUAUCUCAUUUUUCAACAUUGUUCUUUCUUUGACUGUGGUCCUCAAACCACAUUCCUUGCAGUAGUCAAAAUCACCAAGCCUGAAUAAGUGGCUUGAGAUCAUGGCUUCUUACAAAUUGCUAGCACCAUAGCAGUUUCUCUGCCUCUUGCCAUGUUUUUACAUCUCAUUAUAAUAGACCUUGUUUAGACUAAAUUGGUGGUGCCUGAAGCCAGUUUUAUGAACUCAGUAAAUACAGGGUAAGAGAGAAAUCAUGUGGAGAGGCAGUGGUUAAGUCAAACCCAGAGGACAUUUUCAUGCAUCUCCUCCCAAAUAUUGUUGUGUUUGCUCAGUUCUUGCCAUGGGAGUCUCUGGGGUCUUUGUGUUCAGCCAAUUGAAGUCACUUUUGUAAUGUGUGAAAAGUUCUUUCAAGUUAGCCCACCCAGGGGCUCCUAUUCUGGAUAGAUUCUUCCUCUGCUACUUAAAUGCCAAAACUUCUUUUGUACCCUUGAUGUGGCCCAAACUUUUAACGUAUUAGGAGCCAUAGACAUGAUUGUGGCUACCACUCUGGUAACCAUAUGACAAACCUUCAUGCCUUACAGUUAAAAAAAAAAUCAAUUAUCUGGAAAAAUAACAAAGGAAGUUGGUUUUCUCAGAGCAUUUACCUUGCUCUGUGUUGCUGCCAUCAUGGCUGCUGGUGUUUUAACUUUCCUUUACUACCUUUCUACUAAGGGACUUUUGGACUGAUAUUUGUUCUAAAGUCAUCUGUUUGUUUCAUCAGUAUUUGGGGAGGGAGGGGGCCAUUGCAAUCAUCUUUGGUUUUGAACACUUGUUAAUGUGCAAACCAGCAUCCCAGUUUAAGUGUAGUAUACUUCAAAUUAAUAUAUUUAAAAAUGCUUUAUUCUCUUCUUAAAUAAAAAAGAAAGAAACACCAGUAUUCUGAA